CGCCGAGUUCCGUGCCCCGCUCUGAGCCUCGGGACCGACAGCCCAGGGAGGGGUGGAGGUCGGGCUCCGGGCAACAGUGCUCCUAGCGCUCUUAGCCAGCGACGGAGGCCGACCCUUCGGGUCCCGUGCGAUCCUCCAGCCGCCCCCGGGGCCGGGACAGCAGGGCGGCGGCGCGAGCGUGGGAGGGGGCUCCAGGACUCUGCCGGCCCCGCCCCGCCCCCUCCUCGGGGACCCGGAGCCUAGCAUGGACCACACUCGGCGCCGCAGCCAUGGCGCUCGCCCGCUGCGUGCUGGCUGUGAUUUUAGGGGCACUGCCCGCGGUGGCCGGCGCUGAUCCCGCCUCGCCCUCGCCCCUGCACCGCCCGCAAACGUCCCCGCCGCGUCCCCCACACGCGCGCUACCUUCCCAGCCCGCGGCGGCCACCGAGGAUCCCGCGCUUCCCGCUCCCGCCAGGGGUACCGGCUGCCCAGCGCUCGCAGGUCCUCACCGCCCGGCACACGCCCCCAGGGCUCCCACGCGGCUGCGGGGCAGGAGAGCUGUGGGGCAACACCACCGACCUCGGCGUCCCGUGUCUGCACUGGGCGAAGGUGCCGCCCUUCUUGGAGCGGUCGCCCCCGGCUAGCUGGGCUGAGCUGCGAGGGCAGCCGCACAACUUCUGCCGGAGCCCUGACGGCGCGGGCAGACCUUGGUGCUUCUACCGGAAUGCCCAAGGCAAAGUGGACUGGGGCUACUGCGAUUGUAGUCAAGGCCGGCUGUCGCCUGUCAUUCGCCUUGCUGGUGGGAAUAGCGGGCAUGAAGGUCGAGUGGAGCUGUACCACGCUGGCCAGUGGGGGACCAUCUGUGACGACCAAUGGGAUGAUGCCGACGCAGAAGUCGUCUGCAGGCAGCUGGGUCUCAGUGGCAUUGCCAGGGCAUGGCAUCACGCACAUUUUGGGGAAGGAGCUGGCCCGAUAUUGUUGGAUGAAGUGCGCUGCACAGGAAAUGAGCUGUCCGUUGAGCAGUGUCCAAAGAGCUCCUGGGGAGAGCAUAACUGUGGCCAUAAAGAAGAUGCUGGAGUGUCUUGUGUCCCUCUAACAGAUGGGGUCAUCAGACUUGCAGGAGGGAAGAGUGGCCAUGAAGGUCGCUUGGAGGUGUACUAUAGGGGAAAGUGGGGAACAGUAUGUGAUGACGGAUGGACUGAGACGAACUCACACGUGGCUUGUCGACUGCUCGGAUUUAAAUAUGGCAGACAGGCCUCUGUAAACCACUUUGAAGGCAGCGAUGGGCCCAUAUGGCUGGAUGACGUCAGCUGCUCAGGAAGAGAAGCCAGCUUCCUCCAGUGUUCCAGGAGACAGUGGGGAAAGCAUGACUGUAGCCAUAGGGAAGAUGUGGGCCUCACCUGCUACCCUGACAGUGAGGGACACAGGCUUUCUCCAGGUUUUCCUAUCAGACUAAUGGAUGGAGAAAAUAAGAAAGAAGGACGAGUGGAGGUUUUUGUCAAUGGCCAAUGGGGAACAAUUUGCGAUGAUGGAUGGACCGAUAAAGAUGCAGCUGUGAUCUGUCGACAGCUCGGUUACAAGGGUCCUGCCAGAGCAAGGAGCAUGGCUUAUUUCGGGGAAGGAAAAGGACCCAUCCACAUGGAUAACGUGAAGUGCACAGGAAGUGAGAAGUUGCUGGCGGACUGUGUCAAGCAGGAUAUUGGAAGGCACAACUGCCGCCAUAGUGAGGAUGCGGGAGUCAUCUGUGACUAUUCUGAGAAGAAAGCAUCGAGGAACAGUCAUAAAGAGAUGCUCUCUUCUGGGUGUGGACUGAGAUUAUUGCAUCGUCGACAGAAACGGAUCAUUGGUGGAAACAAUUCUUUAAGGGGCGCUUGGCCUUGGCAGGCUUCCCUCCGGCUGAAGUCGUCCCAUGGAGAUGGCAGGCUGCUUUGCGGAGCCACCCUUCUGAGUAGCUGCUGGGUGCUGACGGCUGCUCACUGUUUCAAAAGGUAUGGUAACAACACGAGGAGCUAUGCAGUUCGAGUUGGGGAUUACCAUACUUUGGUACCUGAGGAGUUUGAAGAAGAAAUAGGGGUUCAGCAGAUUGUGAUUCAUAGGAACUACCGGCCAGACAGCAGUGACUAUGACAUUGCCCUGGUUAGAUUACAAGGACCAGGAGAGCAAUGUGCCAGACUAAGCACCCAUGUUUUGCCAGCUUGUUUACCUCUCUGGAGAGAGAGGCCACAGAAAACAGCCUCCAAUUGUCACAUAACAGGAUGGGGAGACACAGGGCGUGCUUACUCCAGAACUCUACAACAAGCGGCUGUGCCUUUACUCCCCAAGAGGUUUUGUAAAGAGCGCUACAAGGCUCUAUUUACUGGGAGAAUGCUCUGUGCUGGAGACCUCCAAGAAAACAACCGUGUGGACAGCUGCCAGGGAGACAGCGGAGGACCACUUAUGUGCGAAAGACCCAAUGAGACCUGGGUUGUAUAUGGGGUGACUUCCUGGGGGUACGGCUGUGGAAUCAAAGACACUCCAGGUGUUUAUACCAGAGUCCCUGCCUUUGUACCAUGGAUAAAAAGCAUCACCAAACUGUAAUUUAUAGAAAGCUCAAGAAGAGUAAAGAAAACUGAUGGGAAGUA